AUGGAGGCGGCUGGAGCCGGAGCCGGAGGGAGGAGGCCGCUGGUGGGCAGGGUGGAGGCGAGCCCCGAGCGUGGCAGGCCGACGACGUACGCGUUGUCAGCGAGGCCGGCGCCGGCGAGGCCCAUGAGGAAGGUGCAGAUCAUCUACUACCUCUGCCGGAACGGCCAGCUGGAGCACCCGCACUUCAUGGAGCUCGCGCAGCACCCGCACCAGCCACUCCGCCUCAAAGAUGUCAUGGACAGGCUGACGCUGCUGAGGGGCAAGGGCAUCCCGGCUCUCUUCUCAUGGUCCUGCAAGAGGAACUACAAGAACGGGUACGUGUGGAACGACCUGUCGGAGAACGAUGUGAUCUACCCGUCGGACGGCGUCGAAUACGUGCUCAAGGGCUCCGAGAUCUUCCCUGGCUGCUCCUCAGAUCGAUUCCAGCACCUCCGCGUGACCGAUAGGUCGCCGACGAAGGCGCCGCUGGCGCUGCCCCACAUGAGCCACAAGCAGCACGCGGACAACUACAGAGACGACGCCGUAGAGGACCGGGACGACGACGAGCUGGGGUACUCGUACCACCACCGCCGGACGGCGUCGUCGGGCCGGCUCGUCGCCGCGCGAGCCGACAAGGCCGCCGUCUCGGCGCGCACCACCAACAGGGCCCGCCCCGUGGAGCUCCCCGUCGAGGAGACCUCGCCGCCGUCCUCGACCUCCUCGGACAAGCCGCCGGCGCCGCAGCAGCAGCAGACGGGGCGGCGGGCCUCGGACCUGCUGCAGGAGCCCGUCGAGCCGAGCCGUCCCGGGUCCAUGCUGCUGCAGCUCAUCGCGUGUGGGUCGACGGCGCCAGCCGCGGCAGGAGGCGGCGGCGGUGGCUCGGGCAAGUGCCGCGCUGAGCCGAGGCGGAGCUGCGGCCUGGUGAGCCGGCUCUCAGCCCGCGGCGGUGCGGACGAGGACGAGGACGAGGAGGCGGCGGGGGGCGACCUGGGCCGUCGGUUCUGCCACGUCGCCGUGCAGGACAAGGAGUAUUUCAGCGGCAGCAUCGUGGAGGGCGCCGGCGGCAGGGGCACGCCGCUGCCGGCGUCGUCGCUGAAGCGCUCCAGCUCGUACAAUGAGGAGAGGAGUUGUAGGCCCGGCGGUGGUGCCAUCGGAGAGGAGACGAUGGAUGAGCAGAUGGAAGGCGACGGAGGAGGGAUCAGGGGAAGAUGCAUCCCGGGAAGGAAGAAGCCGCCGCCGCAGAAAUAG